AUGGGGGUGAAGCAUGCAAUAAAAAGCAAGAGAGUUGCUAACAUUUUGGAUAGAAAGAAGGCAAAGACAAGGCCUGUUGAGAAUCUUCACGAUGGCGGUGAAAAUCCAAGAAACACAGAAGGAUUUCUACUGAACCACAGGCUCAGGCCUCCUUAUAAUAUCAUUCUCGAUACAAACUUCAUCAACGACUGUGUAAGAAAGAAGUACAACAUCAGGGAACAGCUAAUGAAGACAGUGAAUGCAAGCAUCAAAAUAUGUGUUCCAGAAUGUGUGGUUGGAGAACUGGAGAAGCUUGGGAGGCCCUUCCGUGUUGCACUCGCACUGAUCAGAGGGGACGAUGUCCAAAGGCUCGAAUGCGACCAUAAGGGGACUUACGCAGACGACUGCAUCUUCAACAGAGUUUCUGCACAUCGAUGCUAUAUUGUAGCAACUUCGGAUACGGCUCUGAGGCAGAGAAUAAAGACAAUUCCAGGAGUCCCAUUGAUAACAUAUAGAGGCCAAAGAUGCUUUAUUGAGAGGUUUGUUCCAGCUGCUCUCUAG